GUUUUAGCUUAAGAAUUUAGCUAACCUACCUAGCAUGCUACACAAGUUAGCUUGUUGGGUUUGUCAGUAAGCUAACAGGCUAGCUAACACUCAUGGUCUUAGCAAGAUAUUAGCAUGGAUGUGUGUUUGUGUUGUCAGCUUUAUAUUAGCUAGUUGAAUAAUGAAGAGGCAGGACACUGAGGAUCAGGUGGUGGAUAACAGUGGAGAGUCCAGUGCUGAGGGCACAUCAGAUACUCCAGCUACUCCUGAAGGCACAGAGAGCCCGAAGGAACCGAGCACUCUGACGGAUAACUCUCCAGCUGUUAAUUCUGAAACAGACGAAGCCUCUGGAUCUCAAUCUACCUCCUGUGAUGUGGCUGAGGAGCUUAGCAGACAGCUGGAGGACAUCCUCAACACAUACUGUCAGGUGGAUGGUGGCGAGGACCCAGCUGUAGCUAACGGCCAACCUGACAGCGCUGAGGUCAACGGGCUGGCAGACAGAGAGGACAGCAAAUCCGAGGACGCCAGUCUGAACUGCACCAGCAGUGUGGCGAAGGACCAGAAGAAGCUGCAGGAGAAAAAGAAGGUUAAAGGGCUGGGUAAGGAAAUAACGCUGCUUAUGCAGACGCUGAACACGCUGAGCACCCCCGAAGAAAAACUUGCUGGUCUGUGCAAGAAGUAUGCUGAGCUGCUUGAAGAGCACCGCAACUCUCAGAAGCAGAUGCGAGCUCUGCAGAAGAAGCAGGCCCAGCUGAUCCAGGAAAAGGACCACCUGAGGAACGAGCACAGCAAGGCCAUUCUGGCCCGCAGCAAGCUGGAGAGCCUGUGCCGUGAACUGCAGAGACACAACCGCACGCUGAAGGAGGACGGAGUGCAGCGUGCUCGUCAGGAGGAGGAGAAGAGGAAGGAAGUGACCUCGCACUUUCAAUUAACGUUGAACGACAUCCAGGCGCAGAUGGAGCAGCACAACGAGCGCAACGCCAACUUGCGGCAGGAGAACAUGGAGCUGGCGGAGAAGCUCAAGAAGCUCAUUGAGCAGUACGAGCUUCGGGAGGAACACAUAGAUAAAGUUUUCAAGCACAAAGAUCUACAGCAGCAGCUGGUUGACGCGAAGCUCCAUCAGGCUCAGGCCCUGCUCAAAGACUCGGAGGAUCGCCACCAGAAGGAGAAAGAGUUUCUGCUGAAAGAAGCCGUGGAGUCACAGAGGAUGUAUGAACUUAUGAAACAACAAGAAGUUCAUCUGAAACAGCAGUUAUCAUUAUACACCGAGAAGUUUGAAGAGUUUCAGAACACACUCUCCAAAAGCAACGAGGUGUUCACAACCUUCAAGCAAGAGAUGGAGAAGAUGACGAAGAAGAUUAAGAAGCUGGAGAAGGAGACGACCAUGUACAGGUCCCGAUGGGAGAGCAGUAAUAAAGCCCUGCUGGAGAUGGCUGAGGAGAAAACUCUUAGAGAUAAAGAACUGGAGAGCUUGCAGGUGAAGGUGCAGCGGUUGGAGAAGCUGUGCCGUGCCCUGCAGAUCGAACGCAACGAGCUGAGCAAGAAGGUUCAGGACCUCAGUAGCCCAGCGGACGGCCCGGGCUCGGAGACCGAGACCAAAUCAUCGCAGCCAGCCACAGACUCGGCAGAGGGUAGCCCUGCCCACACAAACGACCCAGAGCCAGAGACUCCGCCCAGCACUCACUCUCAGGCGUGUCACUGCAGUCCCGUCCCAGGGGCCGAGUCGCAGACGGAGGCGUGUUCAGCCCAGGACUGAAGUAACGCUCCUCUGUCGCCGGGUUCGAACCACUCACAAUCUCCCCGGCAGCUCUCCGUCUCUCCGAGCUGUCUCAGCGGUUUUUCGAGGGGGGGUGGGGGGGGCUUUCCGUUCUAUCAGGGAAGAUUGUGCCUUUGAGAUGCUGUGUGUCCACUUUUUUUCUCCCUUUACUUCUCUUUUUCCAUCACUCUGAAAAUUUCCUGUUUGUGAGAAGACCCACGCUGAGAGGCACUAAGCACCACUGCUGCUUUGGAAUGCUAACCCUGGAGUGCACUCAUCCUCUUCGUAAUUAUAUUUAAGCGUUAGCCCCGAGCCCUGUCCGCCCGGCUGAAUACAAACUACCAAUUUAGACAGAUGGGAAACCGUAAACUGCUUGAGCACCCCAUAUUAUUGCUUAAGUAAUGAACAGCAACUGUAGUGAAGUGAAAUAUUAAAGCAUCCUGUUUAGUGUCAGGCGUGUGUAUUUUUUUUCUGUUUUUUAUUUUUAUUUAGAGACCCAUUUUAAGGGUCUGCACACACUAUCCAUUGUUCUUGUAUGUAAUGGAUCAUGUAAUCAAUCUUUUCUCACAGUUUAUCACAAUCACCUUACUACUCUCAAUUUCUAAGUGUGCACUCGGUGAACGUCACCUUGAAUUCAGUGCCGUCAAAUCGGAUCUUUCGGAACCAGAUUCCCCGCUUUGCACCACUUUGAACCAUAACCCCCCCCCCCAAAUAUGACUAUAAUGAGUAUACAUAACCUAAUGUGUUCAUGUAGUCCAUUCCAAACUCUAUAUACUGUUUUAUUAUUAUUUUUUUAUGCGUUUUAAAUUUUGCUUUCUUCCACAGAUCUUUGCGUUUUUCAAAACACCGAAUUUGACAUUUUACCAUGUUAUUUUCCCCCGCUGUCCUGUCUGGUAAUUUGGCGAAAUUUAACAUCCGCUUCUCUUGAGAUCAUUCCAGAAGAGAACACGCACUCGAACGAGGCCACGAACACCGAGUAAAGCGUUUACUACCUUUUUAUUAUUCUCUCGUACGUUUUAAUCACACCUUCAUUUCCUCAUCGUGGACCAUUAUUUUCACAUUUCCUCAUGUUGUUGCUCUUACACUGUACGUCUCUUGGAUAUGAAUGUAUACGGCAACUUGGCAUAAUACAUUUUGGAGAUGCUUCAUUUACAGCCCAGAUCCAGUUUGUUGUGUGACCAGGUUAAAUAAAGAGAUUCUAAAAUGGUAUAAAACUCUAUGCAAUUCAAGUGCCGUUCAUCUUCUGUCUAUUAAAUCGAGUGUUAAUAUGCUAGCAAAGGAUUGUACAUUAUUAUAGUCUCAUCGUGGCUUCAGAGUAACAGCGCAAGUAUGUGAAGUCGUGUGUGGCUAGAAUGCAAAAAAUUAGUUAUUCGACAUAAUGACUCGUUUUGUUUUCUUUUUGUACCAGGGUCUCAUGAAUUUUAUUGCUUCAUUAACCUGAACACUAAAUCUCCAUGAGGUCCUACGUGAGUUGAGUAAAUGCCAGGAUCCGCACCGGAUCUUAUUUAACUACAUUCUGUCUUUUACUCAGUAACAGCAUGCCACAUUUCAUUGGCUCCUACUGCUCAUUAACGCUGGACACACCCACUGUUAUUGAAGGUACCAAAGAUCUUUUUUGUUUGUUUGUUUUUGUUUUCACACCCUGUAAACAUGGUUUGAGAAAUUAAAGAUAUUACACAGUUAA